UCUGCGAAACGCUACGUGAUGACGUAACACGUUCAAAGAACAAACCGACGCAUGAACGGAGAGAAAAAGGCGCCGGCGAACAAGAGGACAUGGCUGUGAACGUAUAUUCCACCUCAGUGACCAGCGACAAUCUGAGUCGACAUGAUAUGCUUGCAUGGAUCAAUGAGUCUUUACAGAUGAACUUCACUAAGAUUGAGCUUUUAUGUUCAGGUGCAGCAUACUGCCAGUUCAUGGACAUGCUCUUCCCUGGCUGCAUACCUUUGAAGAAAGUUAAAUUUGGUGCAAAAUUAGAGCAUGAAUACAUUCACAAUUUUAAGAUAUUGCAAGCUGCUUUCAAGAGAAUGGGAGUUGAUAAAAUAAUCCCGGUUGACAAAUUAGUGAAGGGCAAAUUUCAAGACAACUUUGAAUUUGUUCAGUGGUUUAAGAAAUUCUUUGACGCCAACUACGAUGGGAAAGAUUAUGAUCCAGUUGAGGCACGACAGGGCCAGGACACCAUGCCUGCACCCACCCCGUCCAUGCCUGCCCUCAGCAAGCCUAAGAAGAUAAUAAAUGCAGCACCCCAGAGAGCAGCUGUUGCCAAGGUAACACCCAAGAUGGCACCUAGCUCUGCACGAAGACCUGGUGCGGGUGGUGAUGAGGAAAGAGCGGAGCUUAUUCAGGAGUUAAACAUCUUAAAGUCUACGAUCCAGGACAUGGAGAAAGAGCGGGAUUUUUAUUUUGGCAAACUGAGGAACAUUGAGCUGAUCUGUCAGGAGAAGGAGGGUGAGGGAGACCCCACCCUGCAGAGGAUUGUGGAUAUUCUCUAUGCCACUGAUGAGGGGUUUGUCAUACCAGACGCUGAGUCAGAAGACCAGGAGGAGUUCUAAUACUCGUGACUUGUUGCAGUUUUACCCUCCUUUCACCCUCUCCAUUCCUCCCUUCUCCACACAGUCAACCCCCUCCCACCACCUCUCAACCUCACAGGCCUCCCACGUCAUGUUAUGCAUUUGGACUUUUCCGAACAAACUCCAUAUCGAAACCGUUGUCUGCUGAAGUGUGCAUAAAUGCACAUCAUAUUGGAAGAACUUUUUAAUGCCCUUAGACAUACCUGUUAUGAGAUGACUGACACGAUACUCCUGUUUUCUGUCUGUAAAAUACAAUCUCUAAUAUUGCUUUCCUCUUUUAGCAACUUUAGACACCUGCAAAUGUAUUUAUCUUAUUUUAUGUCUCUGAAAUUAUGUCUUGGCCACUUUGACUGUAGUGAUUUUAUUGGUGGCAUCUCCCCCAACACUGCCAUGGUACAUAUCUGUGAUGUUUUAUUUAGAACCAAACCUUACACUGACACAAAACUGAGGGACAAAAUAGCAAAAUUGUUAGUACAUUGCAAAGAUGUAUACAGUGCUUCAUGCAAACCCUGCAGCCUGAGCACCCAUUUCCUAGUUUCCAAGGUGGGUAGCAGUCAUCACCGCUCCAGUCUAUCCUUAGUGACUGUGCCUUAUAUACAGACUGUCUGGAGGGAGUGGACCCAGUCUGACAUUUGUCUGGUUUGUCUUUUGCUUGUUUUAUGGAUGUAGUGAUGUGUUGAAUACAGUCCAGCACGAGUCUGUUUUUGCUGUAAGGUAAAUGUAUGUUGUAACACUCAGCCAUUCUCUGUGGUUUGCAGUCAACAGGACACUACUGUAUUGUAGCACUCACAUUUGCAUGAGCACAAUUUCUUUUACCUUUUUCUUUUUAUUCUUUUAAAAAAAAAAAAAAUAUUUCUUUUGCUUUAAAGAAUUAUAUCCAUAUGAUCUUACUAGCCACUACAUUGGUGGACUCGAGGCCAAAAUUUGACAAGAGUUGACAAGAAAAACACUGCCCAUCUCUGCAUGGGCAAUGCAGAGUUUUCUACCUGUUUUAACUGCCUUAUAUUUAAUGUAUUUUGUUUCUUAUGGCAAAUGUUUGUAAUUCAAAUUAAAGGUUUAAAGUUUUCCUUUGUUGCUUAAUGUAAACGUAGCAGCAGAAUAUUGAAUAUUUUAGACAGAGACUUUACAAAUUAGACGAAAAUGUUAAAUCUUUUGACUUAUUUUAAAAUAUUGCACUCUUUAAAUCCGUUCCCCGAAUUAGCCAUAUUGUUAGGCUGUUUCAAAUGCACUCGCAACACUAGAUUAAGACAAGAUUGCCUUGUUUUUAGUAAAAUAAUAUUGACUUAAUGGGAUGGUUCACCCAAAAAGGAAAAUUCUCAAUUUACUCCCCCUUAUGCCAUCACAGAUGCCUUUCUUCUUUAGAACACAAAUGAAGAUUUUUAGAAGAAUAUCUCACUUCUGUACGUCCAUACAAAGCAAGUGAAUUGGUACAAAAAUUUUGAAGUGCAAAAAAAAAAACACAAAGGCAGCAUAAAAGUAAUGCAUGAGACUCCAGUGGUUAAAUACAUUCCUUCAGAAGUGAUAUGAUAGGUGUGGGUGAGAAAAAAAUCAAUACCCUCCCUGCCCAGUAGGUGGCGAUUUGCAUAAAGAAUGCAAAUCGCUAAAAACAAAAGAAUGUGAAAGUGGAGAUUUAUACUAAAAUAUUUAAAUAUUGAACUGUUUCUCACCCACACCUAUCAUAUCACUUCUGACUAUAUGGAUUAGACCACUGGAGUCGUGUGGAUUACUUUAAUGUUGCCUUUUUGUGCUUUUGGAGCUUCAAAAUUUCAUUUUUGGGUGAACUAUCCCAUUAAGGAGCUUUUUGGAAAUAUUAAAUCCUUGUCCUCACUUGUGUACAUUUUUUUUUUUUUUUCUCAUUUUCUAAAAGACAUGCAUGCCAUUGGAUGCCUGUGCUCUGAAUGGAUCUGUAUAAGUUGCCUUUUUCUAAACAGUGAUCACUCCAUUUAUGUAACAUUUGAUUGUUAGGAUUGUGUCUGGAGGAAUUCAUUAUGAUACUAUGACUUUGGAUCACUGUGCCAACUCUGACUGUAGCUUCAACAUUGUAUCAGCAUUAUUUUAUGUGCACAGACUGGUUAUUCUCAAAUAAUAUGACAUUUUCUCUGUGUGUAGUUCUCAAUGUUGCAUUUUAAAUCAGUAGCACUUGCAAAACUGGCAAUCAGAGUUUUUAUUGGUGCUAUGAAAUACCUUGACUAAGAACUUGCCUGUUUGUGUUAGUAUCUUUGCUGAGCUGUUUUGGAUCAUUGGAUUAGAAAUAUUCCUGUAGUUGGGUGGAUGCAACAUAGCUGGAUCCGUUCUGAACAGAAAAGAAUAGGAAAACAAGUCACACACAUUUUUGAGCUUACGUUUAUGAAUGUCAAAGAAAGACUAAUUUAAUGCACUGAGCUCAUGAAGGUGGAUGAAAGAUUUAAAAAAAAUUGGAAGUACUGUGAAAGCAGGUACUGUCUGUGAAAUGCAGUAAUUCACUUUCCCUUCGGUUUGGUGUUCUGUGGGGAAAGUACAUUGUGAGCACAGCACUAUACCAAACUGUAUCUCUCCCUGUUUUUGUACUUGCAGGCUGUUAAGGGUUCCAAAUUUGUAACUAUUGCUGAAGUCCAUUUCUUACAAUAAAACAGGAUUUACAUGUC